AUGCACGUUGCUCUCCUGCUUUUACUCCUCUUUCAGUUGCCUCGCUCUGCACUGCUCACGGGAUUUGAACGCGCGUAUUUGGAGCACCAACUUGUCGAGGAAGGGCGCGUAUCAGGGCGCAGGACUGGAAGACUGUAUUGUAGAGUUGGAAUAGGUUUCCACCUUCAGAUUUACCCGGAUGGAAGAGUCAACGGGAGUCACGAACCUAAUCCGUUAAGUGUGCUGGAGCUGUUUGCUGUGUCUCAGGGUGUCAUAGGGAUCCGAGGGGCUUUUAGCAAACGAUUUCUAGCCAUGAACAAGAGGGGAAGGCUUCAUGCAACUGAGAGCUUUACAGAUGACUGUAAGUUCAGGGAGCGGUUUCAGGAGAACAGCUACAACACAUACGCCUCAGUGAUCCACAAGAACCAUCGCAACGGCAAAGAGUGGUUUGUGGCACUUAACAAAAGAGGAAAAGCAAAAAUGGGGUCCAGUCCAAGAGUAAAGUCACAACACGCGUCUACACAUUUUCUGCCAAGGAUGAACCUACAUGAAAAAACUCAACAAGGAUUCACAAUAACAGACAAAGAGCAGGAAAAACAUCCACAUCCAUCAACACCCUCUAUACUGAAAAUAGCAGUCAACUCUGGAAAGAAGAAUCGACCAGUAGUCAAAUACUGGCCGAAGUUUCGGUUUGGAUAA